CAGGCCUCGGGGGCGUCGCGCGUGCGCACGUCGGCGGGCGGCAGGCGGGGGGCUCCUGGGAGAGCGGGGCAGUUCGAGAAACGGGUGGGCGCGGGAGAGGCGCAGGGUGCGCGUGCGCGUCUGAGCCUGAGCAGCGGGAGGAGGCGGGAGCUGAGGAGGCGACAGAGGGGGCGGGUCGCGUCCGGCGCCACGUCCGCAGCCAGAGGCCGCCGCCUCCGUCAACGGAGUCUCCUGGCUCCACAGCUUGAGGAGGCGCCUCCGGAGUCCGCAACCGCCCGGGGCUGUGCCAGCCACUCAGGCUGCCUCAGCCCUUCUCGGUGCUACCCGCUCCCUCCGCCCGGCGUCGGCCCCAGGCGGCGGCCCCCGACCCCGGCGGAGAUCAUGAAUCAGGCAGAUAAAAAUCAAGAAAUCCCAUCUUACCUUAGUGAUGAACCACCAGAAGGUUCAGUAAAAGAUCACCCACAGCAGCAACCAGGCAUGUUGUCCCGUGUGACGGGGGGUAUCUUCAGUGUUACAAAGGGAGCUGUCGGUGCCACCAUUGGUGGUGUGGCUUGGAUUGGUGGAAAGAGUCUGGAGGUGACCAAAACAGCUGUUACAACUGUGCCUUCCAUGGGAAUCGGGCUGGUGAAAGGAGGCGUGUCUGCUGUGGCUGGAGGUGUUACAGCUGUUGGGUCUGCUGUUGUAAACAAAGUGCCCUUGACAGGAAAGAAGAAAGACAAAUCUGACUAAAACAUGGAGAUACACUUGCUCUCCACAGCAUUAUGAUGCCAGUGGCAUUGAUUGCUAAAUUAUGGACUACAACGAAGUCAACUGUUUUGGACGUUUAUCUUCUAAACUGCUGUGUUGAAAGUAUUGAUGACUGGCUUUCGUCUAAAAAGAAGAAGAGACCAAUACUAGCACAGUGUAUGAAGGUUUCUCAUACUUAAAUUCCAGCUUUUAUCUGGUGAAAUGUUACACUUAUUCAGUUGUAACUGAAGAUAUGAUGUAUCUGAAUAUGUACUAUAAGUCUUUUAGUUUAACUAAAAAUGUGAACAUUGAAUUUAGUGAUGAUCUUUAUAGUUCCAUAUGUAUGUGCCAGGUGACUCAUCUGCCCCUUAAGAAGGGAACCUUGAACUACAUAAACUAACUUUGAUGUGCCUAAUAGUUUCAGAUGUCUUAGUUUUUUUUUUUAAUAACCAUAGUUUAUUAGGCCAGAGGCAUUCUUUUCUUCUUUAAGCUGGUAAAAGUAGCAGGACUUAGAGAAGUUUAAGAGAAAAGAUAAGUGGUUUUAUGAUACUGAGUGUUAACCAUCUUGUGUUAGAUAUACAUUAUAUUUAAUCAUCGAUGCCUUACAAAAGAAAACAUUUAAUACCCUAAAUAUGUGCAGUUCUUAGAAUUAUACAUGGAUUGUCGUAAAAGUUGUUUGUGAAAUUAGUUUUCCCUCUUAAGAAUCUCAGGAGUUACGGGGUAAAGGCAUUUCUUGCUCUCAGCAGAUAAGAGUGUUUGUUAGCUGUCAGUAGUUGUAACCAAAUUGUCCGCUUCAACCUGGGCUCACGCUCCCUUCACCAGUACACUUCACACUGCCCAAGGAAUGUUUCUUUGCUGGUCAGAAGCUAUGUUGGAAGAGUUUCAGAUUAAGGCAGAACAAAUAAAGUUCUUAAGAAUAACCUAGAACAUCCAAGAUACAAAAAGAAUUCUUCACAACUGCUUUAUCUCUAGGAUGGUUAAAUUAUUAAAUUAAAUUAUUAGUACCCCCUUUUAAAAACAUAGGAAAAGCAACCACAAAUAUGUGGGAGCUGACUUUUAAAUUGAAUACAAUGGACUCCAUUAGUUAGUUUCGAAUGUAAAACAUACAUGUAAGUGCUUUUAAUGGUUUACAGGCUUUUAAAAUAUGUUAUCUUACCAUUCUUUAAAGCAGCUGUAGACUUUGUACCAUCUUCCAAGUCAACUUUAGGCAGGGAAUUGAAGUGUUUGAUUACGGAUGAUAAGUGUGUCAUGUCUUAACGUAUCUCAUUAUGUCUCAUUCAUUCUCAAAGAAUAUGACUUAGCUGGAAUUCAUCUUUUUGGAUUUUGUUUCAUGUUCAGUUUCAUAAAAAAUUUUAAAAGUGGCAUAUAUAUAUAUUUGGCAUUCCUCUUAACUAAAGGUUAUUAUCCAAACCUGAAAAAAAUCUUAGUUUUCUUUAUAGUUAAGUCUGGAAAUCUGCCUCCAUUCUGCAGUUUUUUUGUUUUGUUUUAUUUUCCUUACAAGGUGAGGGAGGAAAGGUGUGAAGCUUUGGAGAAAAUAAGUCAAAUAGCAUCACUGAGAACUUAAAACCGAUCACUCUGGCACUCAAGGCUUACAUGUUUGUAAACGACUGAGUUUUUCAUUAAUGUGGAUUAACCAAUGGAUAAGAACAUAACUUUUAAAAGCUUUCAUAAAUACCAAAUCAACAGAGGUUCUUGAACCUUUCUACAGUAUACAAAACUGAAGUCGUUGAGUUCAAAUCAUCAGAAAUUAUGUGGCCAUUUAUUUCAUGCUGUCUGAUUUAAGGUAUACUUGUUGGUAUAUCUGGUCAAAUGUCAUAAUCAGCAAAGGGUUUUUUUAAAAACUCCAAAAUUAAUAGAUAAACACAAGUAAUGAUCUAAAUAAUGGUAUUAGAUUAAAUGGAACUCAUUUCCUGCUAUUUGAAAGAAAUUGCUUCAUUGUUAGUUUAUAUUUCUAAUUUAUCUUCUAUAGUCAUAGGCUCAGCUGUGCUUUGUACCUGGAUUUCUAAAUAUAGUUUAGUUUACUGUAUGCUUGCAUAUUUAUUUUCAACUUUGUUGUCUUUAAUGUUGCUUGAAGAAAAUGGUUGUAAUUAAUUUCUGCUACAGAACAGCCUACUGGUAACUGGUAUAUUUUAUCUUACCAAGUUUGUUUUAAAUUAUAAAGUACACUUUGUUCAGGAGAGGCUUUUGCAGUGAUAGCAGAGAACUAUACAAAUGAACAGUUACAGAGGUUCUUGAACUAAACUUGCCAUGUGAUGUGUAUAGCAGUACACUUGAGUCUUUUCCAGUUUAUUUUUGUAGAUUAGCAAUUUGACCUGUUAAACAGUACUAGUUCACUUCAAGAAACUAAGGCUGUUGUAUCCUCCUGGAGGCAUCUGUUAUUAAGCUUAUCUUUUGAGUGGGUAUUGGCACAUUUUAUGUGACCCACCUGAAUGACUGAUACAAUAAUGUUGACAUUAUGAAUCCUGCACUUAGUGAAAUAUCAGAUGAAAUAACUAAUGACUGAAUUUUUUUUGUAUUAAAAUGGGAAAAUAAUACAUGAAUCUGUUAAUGAAAGCACUACAAUCUGCAAAGAUGAAAUGUUUCAUAAAGAUCUAUGGAAAUAAAGGAAAUUUUAAAACAGGGUAGUCUUAAAAUUUUUAGUUACACAGCAGUUCAGAAAGUACUGUAGCCAGUUUUUAAAUUUUUUGAUGUUAAUGCACAAACAGAACAUUUCUGAAUAUGUAUUUUAAUGCCAACACAAUAAUGAAAUACAAAUACACUUUAAACAGCUCUAGUAAAGGUUAGAAAUGUAGAUUUCUAGGUUUUACCCAACAUUGCUGAAUCUCUGCAGUGUGGGGCCCAAGACUAAAGGUAGAAAACGUCUGCAGGUGAAUUCUAUGCACUCCACAAUUGGGGUGACGUUAUAAAAGUAUGGAGACUGAUGGAGAAGUUAUGAAGUAGGGAGCACUUCCAUCGGUCCUAAGCAGCUGUGAAAACAAUGUGCACCCUCUUAGUGGGCAGAAAUGACUCAGGGAUGGGAGCCAGUUGGAGGAAGGCAGAAAAUUGGUAUUUACUGGGCAUCUACUUACCCACCAUGUGCUGUUUAUACAUUAUCUGAUGUAAUCAGUAUGAGGAAAGUUAUCUCUUUACAAAUACGGAACAGGUUAACUUUCAAUGUUAGUUGGGUUUCCCAUAUAUCUUCUGAAUUAGUGUUAAGUCACAACUUCUCCAGCUAUGUCCAGAAACAGAAGUGGGGCUACCCAGUAACUAGUCCUUCAUUCUGCUGUUGACAUUCAGUGCUGCCUAAUGCUUGACUUACCAGGCUGUCUAAUUUGAGCUCACUGGAGUCUUCGGGUGAAACUUGGGCAGCUAGUUACAUUUUGCCACAGUAAUGAAUUUGGUGUAAUUAUACACAAAUUAUUUAAAGGAAAUAAUUGUUAUUAGAGCUUUAUUCCCACAGGAAAUAAAAUCUGAGUUGUAUUUUAUGUAAGAAUAUCUCUCCCCCGCUAUGUUGAUUUUGAAUAUUUUAAAUUUUAUUCAUAGAAAAAUGUGAAUAAGAAUG